AUGACCAGGGACCCCACAGUCGAACACUAUGGGACCAAGUGGCAGCAGGUGGUGGUGGAGUACGAGACCCAGGAGGUCGGCGAGCUGACCGCGCAGGCCAUGAGCAGCGAGGGCCUCUUCCAGAUGAAGCUGCGGCCCGUCCCUUCCACGGCCGGGAGGAAGCCGCAGUUCAACCCUGAGGACCCUGGGCGCACGAAGGCCACCCUCUUCGUGGGCAACCUCUCGUUCGAGACCUCGGAGGACUCGCUGCGGGAGGCGCUGGAGCAGCGCGCCGGCGAGCUGCAGAACCUCGAGUCUGUGAGCGUGGCGAGGCACAAGGACACCAACGUGGGCCGGGGCUUCGGCUUCCUCGUCUUCUCCGACGAGGCCUCCGCCCUGGCGGCCCUGGAGCGGCUGCGCGGGGCCGAGGUGGACGGCCGGAAAGUCAGGAGCGGUCUGGCUGGCGGCGCUGAGCCGCGCGAGCGGCGCACGCGCGGGAGUCAGGUAGGGUCUGCCUUGCUGGUGGAGGGUAAGAGUCAUCACGUGUACUACGUGUACUUGUGGAGUUGUGGCGCCGUCACCGUGACCAUCUUCGUGGACGAGCUCUCGAUGCCCAGCCGGCCCCACCUCGAGCCCUUCGCCGAGGACCGGGAGGUGUGGGUCGACCCGCUGCUGGACGAAAGUGGUGGGCACGAGUGGCUGCAGGAGUUCGGAGCCCUCGAGGGCGUCUUCCGGGUCCCCGACGUCGGCACGGGCGAGGAGACCGAGCGCGGCUACGCGAGGUUCACGACCCACGAGGCGGCCGAGAGGUGCGUCCGGUCGGGUUGCGCCACCUGGUCGGAGUCCGAGAGGACGCCGUCCGCAGCGAUUUCUUCGAUCUGGGCGGCUGGCCUCGAGGUCGGCCCCUGGCGCCCGUGCGUGCGGGGCCUCGCUUGCACGGCCUGCAGAGAUGGAUAUCCGGGGCACCUUGGAGCUGCCGCCGCCCCCAGACCUCCGGCGAUGUGA